AUGUUUGGGUGUGACUGUUUUUACUGGAGCCAAGGAAUCUCCGAAUUGGAUUUUGAAUCAUUCGAGUCAAAGCCUUUCUCGCUUCCGUCUCCUCUUCCUUGUUGGCCACAAGGUCAAGGUUUUGCCACGGGAAAAAUAAACCUAGGAGAAAUAGAAGUGGUGAAAAUCACCAAGUUCCAUAGAGUUUGGAGCUCUGAUUCAUCGCAUGGAAAGUCAAAACAUGCAUCAUUUUACAGACUGGAGGAAAUUCCAGAAGGUUUCCACUGCCUUGGUCACUAUUGCCAGCCAACUGAUCAGCCAUUGCGAGGUUAUGUACUUGCAGCUCGGGCUAGCGGACCCAUCAAUGCUGAUGAUCUCCCUCCCCUGAAAAAGCCUGUCAGUUAUUCUUUAGUUUGGAGUGUGGAUUCUGAGAAAAAUGGCGGUGGCUACUUCUGGCUACCUAAUCCUCCGGUUGGUUACAGAGCAAUGGGAGUUGUUGUAACAGAUGAACCAGGGGAACCUGAAACAGAGGAGGUUAGAUGUGUAAGAGAGGAUCUUACCGAGAGUUGUGAAACCUCAGAGAUGAUACUUGAGGUGGGUUCUUCAAAGAAGUCAAACCGCUCUGGUUCUCCUUGUAAUGUAUGGAGCAUCAGACCUUGUGAGAGAGGGAUGCGAUCACAAGGUGUAGCUGUUGGAUCAUUCUUUUGCUGCACUUAUGAUCUGUCUUAUGGUGAGACGGUUGCCGAUAUUGCGUGUUUGAAGAACCUUGAUCUGACUUUACAUGCGAUGCCAAAUCUUGACCAGGUCCACGCGGUUAUCGAAAACUAUGGACCAACUGUCUACUUCCACCCUGAAGAGACUUACAUGCCUUCAUCCGUACAAUGGUUCUUUAAAAACGGAGCUUUGUUGUAUCGAUCAGGGAAAUCGCAAGGCAAACCGAUUAACUCCACGGGUUCGAAUUUACCUCCUGGAGGGCGCAAUGAUACAGAAUUCUGGAUAGAUCUUCCCGAAGACGAAGAGGCAAAGAGUAAUCUCAAGAAAGGAAACCUCGAAAGCUCUGAGCUUUACGUUCAUGUGAAACCAGCACUUGGUGGAACCUUCACCGACAUAGUGAUGUGGAUUUUCUGCCCCUUUAAUGGCCCGGCCACGCUCAAAAUCGGGGUCUUCACUUUACCUAUGACCCGGAUAGGAGAACACGUUGGUGAUUGGGAACAUUUCACUUUCCGCAUAUGCAACUUCUCUGGUGAGCUUUGGCAAAUGUACUUCUCUCAGCAUAGUGGUGGUGGUUGGGUUGAUGCAUCGGAUAUCGAGUUUGUUAAAGGUAACAAGCCGGCUGUGUACUCAUCUAAACACGGGCAUGCAAGUUUCCCACACCCGGGAAUGUAUCUCCAAGGCUCAUCGAAGCUCGGGAUUGGAGUGAGAAACGACGUUGCGAAAAGUAAGUACAUUUUGGAUUCAAGCCAAAGGUAUGUGAUUGUAGCAGCUGAGUAUUUAGGCAAAGGAGCUGUGAUCGAGCCGUGCUGGUUACAGUAUAUGAGAGAAUGGGGACCAACCAUAGCCUAUGAUUCAGGGUCUGAGAUCGAUAAGAUCAUGAACCUUCUUCCUUUGGUGGUUAGGUUCUCUGUUAAGAACAUUGUUGAUUUGUUCCCUAUUGCUCUCUAUGGAGAAGAAGGUCCAACGGGACCAAAGGAGAAGGAUAAUUGGGAAGGAGAUGAGAUGUGUUGA